AGGUGUGGUCAGGCUGGAUGCACAGUUUGCCCAACGACAGAGGUUGUUUGGUUCCUUCCUAGCCGAAUGUAGCUGGCUAACUAGCUAGCUAGCUAGCUAGCGUUCUUAAGUUGGCUAGCCUGCAGCAGCAUCGGUUGUAGGUACAGUAGACAGCAUGGACUUUCAAAACUCAGGGAAUCAAGCACAAUGUCACUAUGAAACCUCACUACAUUCACAACACAGAAACCCUUUCUUUAUAGCUAAGCUAUAAAUUAGAGUCUCAGGUCAUCAGAAUGGGGGAGCGGGCUGUUAGCCCCUCAGCUGGGAUCACUCCGGUGCAGCAGAUGCUGGCCUCCGGCACUGGGGCCCUACUCACAUCUGUUUUUGUCACACCGCUGGACGUUGUGAAGAUAAGACUUCAGGCCCAGCAAACAACAUUCUAUCAAGCUUUAGCUGCUGAAUCUGCUUCAUGGAGUGGUGUAAUCCGCCCCUCUAAAUGGAAGUGUUUCCUGUAUUGUAAUGGCCUGAUGGACCACAUCUAUGUAUGUCAGAAUGGGGCCAGCUGCACUAGCUGGUACAAAACACCAACCCACUUCAGUGGCACCCUGGAUGCUUUUGUGAAGAUUACACGCCAUGAGGGUGUCAAGUCACUGUGGAGCGGGCUGCCUCCCACACUGGUAAUGGCAGUGCCUGCUACAGUCAUAUACUUCACUUGCUACGACCAGCUCCGGGACGGACUGCGCUACGGAAUGGGUUUCCAAGGCAGCCACAUCCCUCUGGUGGCUGGGGGCCUCGCUCGACUGGGAGCGGUCAGUGUGAUCAGCCCGUUGGAGCUGGUGCGUACCAAGAUGCAGUCCCAGAAGUUGACCUACGGCGAGCUGAGCGUGUGCAUCCGGUCCUCGGUGGCCCAGGACGGCUGGCUGUCCCUGUGGAGGGGCUGGGGGCCCACCGUCCUCCGAGAUGUCCCCUUCUCAGCCUUGUACUGGUUCAACUAUGAGCUGGUGAAGGCCCGUCUAUGCGAGCAGCACAGUGUCUCUCAGGCCACCUUCUCCAUCAGCUUCACGGCAGGGGCCAUCUCUGGAGCUGUGGCUGCCAUCUUGACCCUACCGUUUGACGUGGUGAAGACACGGAGACAGAUCCAACUGGGGGAGAUGGAGACACUGGGAACGUCUGCAAAGAAGACCACAUCUACCUGGUACAUCAUGAGGGGAAUCUGGGGUGAAUUGGGCUACAGGGGGCUAUUUGCAGGUUUCCUACCGAGGGUGAUCAAAGUGGCCCCGGCCUGCGCUGUCAUGAUCAGCACCUACGAAUUUGGGAAAACCUUCUUCCAGAAGAUGAACCUUGACCGGGCGCAACGGGCUUGCUGAGAAGAUGUUUGUGUAGACCAGCAGGAUUUGCUGCCUUCCACUGAUGCUCAGUGGGAUGUAGACAUUUACCACUACGCGCACACACACACACACACACACACACACACUGUGAAAGACUGCUCUGAUAAAGAUGUGGCACUGAAAAGCUUAAGCUUGAACUCUUUCUCAAUUGAGACCAAGUGAAUGGAAUGUUUUUUUUUGUCUGAUUUAUGGGAGGCUGUAAACAAUGUCACAUAAGUAUCUAUUGGUAAUGCUCACAGUGAAAAAUGGUGUCCUUUGACAAUUUGAAACUCUUGGAUGCUGAUAUCUGAAGGAUGCAACUUGAGACAAGAAUCUGAGCAAUGAUGUCAUUACCUGUCUGGUUGAACAACGUAAGGACAAUGUUGAGACAAACCUCCAUGCCGGAUGGGAAUUAUUCCACAGCAUACUAACAUGUCAUUGGCCACCAUAUGGAACAAAGCAAAAUUAUGACUGACUUUGUCUUAAGACUUCGGCAUGCUUUCCCUGCUCGCUAAAAGAUUUGUUCAACUUUGCAGCCCCCUGCUGUUUAUGCCAGGGAGUACACUUUCAAUGAUGUUCCUAAACUGUGUGCACAGGCUGAAGUCCCCAUGUCCAAAUUAGAGCAAAGACCCUUUCAAUCUCUCAGUUCAUUUGCAUACGUGGAUGUGACGGAUGUCCUUCAAGUGAACUUGUGAUUGGAGUCAGGGGUCACAAAUGGAACUUAUGUUCCAGUAUAACUUAAGAUUGUUUGAAAUGUUCCCCUGUUGAUGUGAUAAUUGUGCAUUGUGGACAAUUUCAACUUGACCAGUGUACAGCCACGUAAUAGCAAGGUUGGAAGGCAUACCAACACGAAUAGAUAACUUAACUCAGUGUAGAUUCUGCGGUAAGUGCCUAGCCUUUUGGGGAUUAGCCCCAAGGGAAUUUUAUGUUUAAAGACUUCUCAUGUUCACUCAGAAAAAUAUGAUUUGGUCCAUAGUAAUCAAUUUAGUCAAGACCUUCCCUUCACAUGCUAGCCUAUAACAAAUGCAUGGCUAAACUAGGGAGUGGAUAGAUCUGAAAUGGCAUGUCUAUAUAUCUUAUCUGACCAGUUGUCAUGGAUGGUAUAACUUUAACUGAAGAACACAAAACAGGAAGUUCUCAACAUGGUAGGUGACUCCGCUAGGUAGGUGACCAUGGAGUGUUCCCUGGGGAGAGAACUGGGUAAAAUGACAAACUGCAUUUAUACAAGCAACCCAAUUCUUAUUUUUUUUCACUAAUUUAAAUUUUCAUCAGGAGAUACCUUUUUUUUUAUUUUUUAUUAUUGAAUGUAUGUAAGUUCUGGUAAUGCGUUUCAGUGCUGGAGUAUGAGUUAAAAUAAUUAUUUGAAUAUU